CAAAGGUUAAGCUUGAAGUCUGUAGCUCACAUUAGCUAUCGCUCUCAACUGCUUGAUGGGAAUUUGAUUCAGUAGGAACAGGGGAUUCGUCUUCAAUAUUCCUUUAUUGAUUCAUCACCUAACAAGAAAAAUGGAUUUGUGGCCUAAAGGAUCAGCAGCUGUUUUCUUUCUCCUGGUACUUUUCAAGUUCAGUGAAGCACAAAACCUUUGCUCAUUGCCAAUUAAUAUAAUUCUUAUACCGGAAAACAACAAUAUUGGAGACAUAGUUACAACACUCAAUGCUGAGGAUGGGGUGAUGGCCAUAAUCACUAGUCAAGAUCCAGAGGGUUUCUUCAGCAUCAGUGGAUACAAUAUCAUUGCUGACACUGUGCUGGACUAUGAGACGUUUGACCCGAACAAACCUCAUGAGGUGAAUAUUGAGUGUACAAAAGCUGAUUCUCCCCCUACCACAGAGAAUCUGAAAAUAGCGGUUUUGGAUAUAAAUGAUAAUCCACCAGUGUUCGAACACAGUCAGUACACACUAAACGUUAAUGAGCUAUCAAAAGUGGAUACCAGUGUUGGUCUAAUCACAGCAAUGGAUCCUGAUAAAGAUGAUAGACUUUACUACCAACUGGAUUCUCCUGAGGGAGAAUUUAACCUGGAAGCCAAUUUCAAUCCCAACAUUCUGGUGAAAAAGCAUCUGGAUUAUGACAAAGUUAAAGAAGUCACAAUGAUACUAUAUGUGCAGGACACACUGAUUGGAUCAGAAGCUGAAGUCUCCCACACUGCCUCUACCACCAUUGUAGUUAAUAUCAUAGACAUUGACAAUCGUCCACCAUGGUUCCAGCCCUGUACAGAAACUGAGGUUGGCACAAGCAUAAUCUGCUUGAUGUCUGGUUAUAACGGGAAAGUCAACGCAAAAGAACUAGUGCCAGGUCCUUUGACCUUGGAGCCAGGUCCACUUAUGGCCAUUGAUGGAGACAAAGGCAGGAAUGAUCCCAUUCAUUAUACGUUUCUUGGAGGAAAUGAUGGAGGUAUAUUUCAAAUCGACACUGACACCGGGAGCAUCACAAUGCGGGAACCAGUAGAGACAGGAACAAUUGUUCUUUCAGUCAUGGCAUAUCAGAGGGAAAACGCUGAUCAGUUUGCCACCACUACAGUCAUCCUGAAGGUGGUGGAUUCUAGCGAUUUCCCACCAAAGUUUGUGAAGUCCAGUUAUGAAGGCUUUAUCUCAGAGGAUGCAGGUGUGGACAGCCUGGUGCUGGAGAGUAAAACAUCCAACAGAGCUCUCAGAGUACAGGCUACAGAUGAUGACUUUUCUAAUGGCUAUAAUCCUAACCUCAGAUUUGAGAUUGUUGAUGGCACUGACUUCUCAAUCACUGCAGAGGGUUUCAUACUCAUGUUGAAGGCCGUUUCCCCAGGCACUGUAAAUUUAGAAAUGAGGGUGGUUGACACAACCAAUGAUGAAUCAAGCACCGCUUCUCUUAGUGUCGAGGUCACUCCAGGGGUUCCCACUACCACUCCUGCCACAACUAUCACGACUUCAUCCAUUAUAACAACAGAGAGCACUGCUAACACAAAGCUUACAGAAAUCACCACUGUCACCUCGCAACCAGAUAUCACCUCGACUACGCGCCCCAGCACAGGGGGACAGCAGGUGAAAAUGGGGGAGUUCAGUUCGGGCGAUAUGGCGGCUGUAGGGGCCUCUUUGGCUGUGGUUAUCGUUCUCUGCUUAGUUUGCAUUGGAUUGAUGGUGCACCGCAUCAAGGGCCAUAACGCAGACUGGAAGAAGCUUUCUGAGGCUAGCGUCUUCCAGAGCAAACUUGGUGGAGGCUCAGGGGGUCCUAAAGAGGGUGUGCAGUACAGCAAUGAGGGCUUCCAGCUGGAUGAUGAUUCUGGGAGUGUGAACGGUAAGUUAGCUGCAGACCUGGAGAACAAACUGGAGUCUGGACUAAAGCCGCAGCAGAGACAGAAGAUGAUGACCCCCAGCGCUGUCCUCCUGAGCCCCAGCAGCCCUCAAGCUGACUCCAGCAGUCUGGCAGAAACCAUCGACAGUGAGAAGGAAGUCAAACCAAUCCUGACCAAAGAGCGGCGCAGUGAGGAGGGAUACAAAGCGGUUUGGUUUAAGCAAGAUAUUGACCCCAACACCAAAGAGGAAGUGGUCAUCAUUCCCAACACUGGUGAAGCGGAUGGAGACCAUGAGGAGGAGGAUGACAGCGAGGGUGAAAACAGGCCUGACGUGGAUUCUGGUGAUGAGGAAGGAGUUUCGUCAGAUUUGUAGACUGUUUCUCCCGUGCAACAACUGCAAAACACAAGGACUUGAGUUGAGCUCAAAUGUUAGACACUUUAGUACAGUAGAAACUUUAAAAGAUUAAUUAUUAGUUAGUUAAUUUAUAUGUUCUACGGUUUUUAAAUGCUUUCCUUUGUCAUAUUUCUUACUAAGGCUGAGUAUCGUUUAAAAAUUGUCAAUACCGAUAACUUGACUUCGAUAUCGGUUCCUAAACGAUACUUUUUUUUUUCAAACUCUUUUUUAAUAGAAGCAGCAUGUAAUAACAUAGAUACAUCAACAAUAGACAGCAGGGGUACAACUACAACAGUAAAUGAUACCUAAAUGUACACAUAUACAUAAACAUAAUCAUAAGAUUUAUAAAAAAAAUAAAAAAAAUAAAAAGGAAAGAA